AAGAAGAACAUCAUCUCCCGUGUAACAUUACAGUGUAGAAAAGCAUGGUAUAGAUAUUACUUUUUUGCGUUAAAAUGCCUUUAAUAGUGAUGUGUGGAUACCCGUGCAGUGGUAAAACCAGACGAGCACAUGAACUCAGAGACUACUUUACACAAAACACAGAAAGAAAGGUUCAUAUUGUUGGAGAUGAAGAUCAAGGAAUUGACAAGAACUCUGUUUAUGCAGACUCGCAGAAGGAGAAGAACCUGAGAGGAGCACUGAGAGCUGAAGUGGAGAGGAAAGUCAAUAAAGACGACAUUGUGAUUCUUGAUUCCUUGAAUUACAUUAAAGGCUACAGAUAUGAGCUGUUUUGUCUCAUCAAACAUACACAAACGCCCCACUGCUUGGUGUACUCUUUGACAUCAGCUGACAUGAGCUCAGAAUGGAAUAGAAACAAAGAGGCAGAUUCUCAGUACACUCAGGAAAUCCUUGAUGCGCUAAUCCUGCGUUUUGAAGCUCCUGAUUCAAGGAAUAGAUGGGAUAGUCCACUCUUUACUAUUCAGCAAGACGACUCGCUUCCAUUUGAAGCCAUCUGUGAUGCGCUAUUCAAAAGAAAAGCACCACCACCUAAUCAGUCCACGAAGAGCCAACCACUCUCAUCCACAAACUUUCUGUAUGAGUUGGACAAAGUUACUCAAGAUGUCCUAAUGGCUGUUCUUGAGUCACAGAAGACCAGCGUCCCUGGAGAUCUCAUUUCCAUUCGUGGAGCCACAGAAAAGAUUGAACUCACCAGAAGUCUUAACAUGGUGGAGCUGAGAAAACUCAGACGUCAGUUCAUCAGUUACACCAAGAUGCACCCAACAGAAAACAUUGGACAGAUUGCCAAUAUGUUUGUGCAGUAUCUUAAUAAGAGCAUGCAUUAGCAGGUGUUUUUCUUAUUGUAAUUAUUCAGGUAAUAUUUAUUUUUUAAGUUGCAUUUUAACAACAUUUGAGUGCAAUAAAAUGUAAAUUCUUA